AGAGAGAGAGAGAGAGUACAGUAGAUAUAGGAAGGUAGAAGAGAGGUGCGAAUGGCGCCGGCGGCGAGCACGGACUGGGGGCCCAUCAUCGUGGCGGUGAUCCUGUUCGUGGUGCUGUCGCCGGGGCUGCUGUUCCAGCUGCCGGCGAGGGCGAGGGUGGUGGAGCUGGGCAACAUGGCGACCAGCGCCAUCGCCAUCCUCGUCCACGCCGUCAUCUUCUUCUGCCUCCUCACCAUCUUCGUCGUCGCCAUCGGCGUCCAUGUAUACGCUGCUUGAUUCAUUUACCUGCUACCGCUAGCCUUUUCUUCUUAAUUAUUCCUCUCCUUCUUAAUUAAU